UCAUUUAAAGGAUUGAUCUCCACCCCAAGAAUGUGCUGCAGGAGAUGGGACUUUAGUGUGUCAUUCUGCUCUCAACGUUUGCUGUUCGCUCUAAAUGGUCCAUAUUGUCAAAUGAGAUUUUAGGUGCGUAUUUACAUCGAUCAAGAACAGAUUGAUUCUCUUCUCCCCGACUGUAACGAACAUUGCUUGCAAUCAUAGGGUCACGCAUCAGCUUGCCGCUUAACGCAUCAUUCAGAAUGGCUGGCAAGGCUCGUGGAUGUCAUAAAAUUCGGGGAGCUCAAAUUAGAGAUCUUCUCGAUUCCAAACACAACAUCUUGUUUGACUGCGAUGGGGUAAUUUGGAACGGUGAAAUAGUCGUAGCCGGUGCACCAGAAGUAGUGACUCUGCUCAAGCAACAAGGCAAACGGGUAUUUUUUGUCACCAAUAAUUGCACCAGGCCGAGAGAGAACUACGUACAGAAGUUUUCCAGACUGGGCUUCACUGAUGUCGCUGAAGAGGAGAUAUUUAGUUCUGCGUAUUGCUCUGCAGCUUACUUAAGAGAUGUAGCUAAGGUGCAAGGUAAGGUGUUCGUCAUCGGUUGUCACGGAGUGCAGAAAGAGCUCCAAGACGCCGGGGUCCCCACCGUGGAAGAUGUCAGUGACGCCCCCGACGUCAGUAUUUACAACUUUCCACUAGAGCCAGACGUGAAAGCAGUCCUCGUUGGAUACGACGAACGUUUUACUUUCAUGAAACUGGCUAAAGCCUGCUGUUAUCUGAGGAAUAGCGAAUGCCUGUUUCUGGCCACCGACCCUGACCCUUGGCACCCGCUCCGCGGGGGCAGAAUCACACCAGGUUCAGGAAGCCUCACAGCAGCCCUGGAGACGGCCAGCAGCCGUAAGGCCACGGUUAUUGGGAAGCCCAGUCGCUUCAUGUACGAGUGCAUCGCCAGCCAGUUUGACCUGGAUCCAGAGCGGUCGCUCAUGAUCGGGGACCGGCUGGAAACUGACAUUCUCUUCGGGGCCAACUGUGGUCUGGACACUAUGCUGACCCUCACCGGGGUGUCCACUCUGGAGGAGGCCCAGGAGUACCGGGACAGCGAGGCUCCAGAGAAGAAGGACUUUGUGCCUGAUUACGUGGUGGACACCAUUGGUGACUUCCUCGAAGCCCUGGAAGACUGAAGAAGGACCCUCAAGCCGCAGCCUGGACUGAGCCUGUAAUGAGACUUUGACACCAGUAAAUGACCGAUCUGAGGGUGCUUUUCCAAAGCCCUACAUAAAAAUUUUAAAAAAAAAUCUCCUUCAGUAUUAUCUGCAGUUUUUGCUCUGGUACUGCACUAGCGGUCCUGAAACCCUCACCAGGUAGAGAAAUGAAGCAAUUAACCUUUACACUAUUUAGUUCAGCCAUUCAAAUCACCACCGACCACAAGCAAUUGCAAAUGACAUCUUUGUGUGGAAUAACAGCUUGCUGGAUUAUAGGAGAGUAAUGGUGAUACAACAAAAAAUCAUAGCUAAUCCAGAUCACUUACAAUUUUAGAUGAUCCUAUUAGCCUGUCCAAAUGAUAAUCCCAGCCAACAUGAAGUGCCAACGACAGAAUGGACAUAAACAUUGCAAGCUGAAGCCGCACACAGCACCUCUUGUGAGGGAAUGGGAAUUCAGAGAAUUGAAAGUCAGACUAAAAGCAAGCAUGUGGAGCUAAACAUAGUCUGAACACGCAGGGUAGUGGUAAGGAUAUUAGCUUAAUUUUGUGUUUGCACAAAGGAUAUGGAUCUUUUUGGUAGGAUUUCCGAAGCCCCUAUCUUUUUAUCUAGUCACAUGGUGCUCAAACCUGUGCCUCGCCUCAUAAAACCGACUUCCCUAAGGUUUAGAGCACAUCUCGCCCCUUUUGCAAUUAAAUUGGUGUUACCAAGAGGUAAAAUUGAUCCCCUGUGUUGUUUGAUGUACUUGGUGUUUUAAUGUUGUGGAACAGACAUUUUCUCUCCAUGAAACGGGACCUCCUGGAACUGGAACUCAACCUCCUUGCGCACUGGCAAUGGCAAUCCACAACAAUGAGAUAACAUUUUACCCAAGAUAUUUCAGUGAAUUGUAAGUCUCCAUUACAUUCCACUCAUGCUAUUAGUUAAGCACAAACUAUUCACUUAACAUAUUGCAAUACUGCCUUUUAUUUACAAAUGAAAAACAAGCUGAUUCCACUGUGAUGACCUCUCUUGGUCUUAUGUCCAAACCAGGCAAUGGCAGUUCACAGUAUCAUGUGGCCAUCACAGUGCUAGUCUGUAAUUGUGGCUGAUACAGAAUUGCUAUCUGACUGCCCCAAAACACUAGUCACAGUGCUUCAGAAAUCCAUCUUAAUUGUGUUGUUUUUUUGCCAUGUGGAAGCCUUAAGCCUGUGUUGGUUUGCGUGUCAUCAAUUGACCUUGAAAUGUGACCUCCAUAUAGGAACAGUGAGUGUUAUACAUUAAAGUUAAACAAGUGACAACGUUUUGGUUUUGCCUGAAAAGUUGGAUCCAGAUGGUUGAAAUAGGCUUUCGUCGCCUAGAUUGGCAGCAAGUGCAUAUUUGUUGUGAACUUACAUAAUAAGCCUGCAUUGGCUGUCAAUUCUAAAUUUGGAUUGUGAAAAAUCACAAAUUUGCCUGUAAUGUUAAACACAAUCUGUUAAUUAUUUUCAAUUUGAAAGGGGACUGACAUCAUGCAACCAUUGAAUGUCCAAUAGUGCAUGGUUGUUUGCUAAGAAGAGUGUCAUGGCGUGCAAAUGGAACGUUUAUAUCCUAAUGCUUUUGUUUCUUGCAAUGAUUUGCAUUUACCAGUGUUAGGGAAAUUAGGGGCUGUUGUGUUGUUUUGAUAAAAAAAACAAAAGCCUAGUUUGUGCACAAAUUUGAUUGAUGGAGAUUUCUGGCCUUUGUUUAUUGUCUCAAGCUAGACAUUGUAUUGUAUAUUGAAAUACUUUAUUUUAAUAGAUUGAUAACUUCAUUCAAUGAUUUGCCAAUUUGUUCUGUGUGAACCCAAUAAAUACUGUAUAAACAUUGUGAA